CUCCCAAUCAGCGCACCUGCGCGAGCACCCGCACAACUCGUGCUGGAGCGGCAGGAUCAUGACAUUGAGUGCCGAUUUCAAACAACCUCUUGUGAAGACUGUUGCAGCAGGGCAAGACAGCGCCACUGUCAGCAAGGUCCUGGGUCAGAUGUGGAUGUCGCUGUCACCGGCCAAGCAGCAUAAAUAUUUCGUUGAAUACCAUAAAUAUUUAAUUGAAUCUGAGCGGCUCAGCCGUAUCCAUGCCGCCAUGUACCUGGACUGGAACUGCAGAGACAACUACGGCAAAAAGCCAAAGAGAAAGUGGGGCAGUCCAGCUACCAGGCAAAUUCAUCUGAGCGAAAAUCCUCUGAUUGUAAAUCAUCUUUGUGGUUGAAGAGAAGAGGAAGAAGUUUAACCUGCAUCUUCCGUCUCUUGGUGAUCAUUGCCUGCAGUUUUCCCAGGCCUUCCAGCAGGCCCUCUCCGAUGAUAGCACAAGCUGGCUGCAGGUGCCAGGGUGUGGCCACGCUAAGUUCCCUGAGAGCCAAC